AUGUUUAAACCAUGGCGAACAUUAGAAGAUCUUAGAAACGGAUGUGAUAAUUAUACAGAAUCAUUUCACAAAAUAAAAUUACAUCUUCUAGAAGCAUUACAAUAUGAUGAAAAAAUAGAAGAAUUGCAAAAAGCGUUUGAAACUGCAAAACAGUUGGUUCAGAAAUAUCUAGACGACGACUUAAACAAACAGAAUAUUUGGCAAGAUGUUCCAGAAAAUCCAAUAGGUAUUCAAAAUAUAGAAGCUGGUGAAGCAAUGCAAGAUUUCAAAGAUCUUGGUGAGAAAAUAGAUAAAGAUGUUGAUGUAUGUGAUAUGAUAGCAAAAUUAAAUCUAGAUCAAAAACGUGUGUUUGAUACAGUCAUUACAACUUUACAAUCUGAUAAAUCACCAUUACGAUUAUACGUUAGCGGAGANGGUGGUACAGGAAAAAGUUUCUUAAUUACAACUAUUAAAUGCUGGAUAAAACAAAAUCUUAAGAAAAAUACUGCUAUAGCAGCUCCUACUGGUAUUGCAGCGUUUAACGUAGACGGUUUGACAAAACAAUUAUCUGAUCAUGUAUUAAAAGUUUUACGAGCAGAUCUCGAAGAUGUUAUUCUGAUUAUAAUUGAUGAAGUGUCUAUGAUAUCUAAUUUGACUUUAAUGUACAUACAUCUUCGAUUGUGUCAAAUUUUUGACACUACUGAUACUGAUGACGAUUGGUUCGGUGGAAAACACAUUCUUCUAUUUGGAGAUUUGCUUCAAUUACCUCCAGUAAACGAUGAUCGUGUUUUUGUGAGCUUAUCAAAGGAAAAAAUUGAUAAAUAUCUUGGUUUAUUGGAGGCCACUAAUUUGUGGAUUAGAUUGUUUGACUACGAUAAAUUCACAAUCAAUAUGUGGCAGCAAGGAGAUAAAACAUAUUGUGAGUUACUAUCAAAAAUUCGUAUUGGAUUAGUGACUNAUGAUUUUUCGGCAAAUACCGUUUGUUUACUACCUACUUGUCACAUGUGUGACGUUCUUAAUGCGGCAAUGCUAAAUCGAAUUGCUUCUGAAGAAAUAGUAUUAAUUGCAGAAAAUAAAAUAAAGUAUAAUCGCUUUGUAGAAAAGAAGAUUGUAAAAACAUUGUCAAGUCAUAAAGAUGAUACUUCAAGAACAGCUGGACUUGCAAAAGAAAUUAUUAUUAAACUUGGGGCAAAAGGUAUGAUAAGACGUAACAUCGAUGCUAGCAAAGGCCUCGUAAACAAUACAAUAAGUAAAGUGACUUUGGUUGUUAAAGAUGUAUGGAAUAAUAAUAUAGAAAAAAUAAAUCUUUUGCCGUCAGAUGAAGAAUUUUUAAUUGAGAGAGUAUGUGUCAAAUUUCCCGUCAUGGAAAGAAUAUAUGUCAUUAGAAAACAAUUUCCAUUGUGUCUGNGUUAUGGAAUCACUAUUCACAAAAGUCAAGGAUUGAGUUUGCAGAACGCUAUUAUGGAUGUAGGUAAUUCUGUAUUUAGUCCUGGUCAAAUUUAUGUUGCAUUGUCUCGAGUAACGUUUUUAGAAAGACUGUAUUUAAUUAAUUAUGAUGCCUCAUCUGUAAAAGCUAUUGAAGAAGCUUUUA